AUGACAGGCUAUAAUUUGUUUAUUGCAUGGUUAAAGCAAAAAGAUAGAACACCUUUUAAAGUAAAAUCAGUUUAUAAUUGUUAUACAGCCUUGGCAUUCUAUUUAAAAGAACAUAGUGUGAUUGGAAGUGGAGUAUGUUUAUGGGAUAAAUAUUACUUUCCUAAAACAUUAAAAUGCUUUUAUAAAAAAAUAUGUUUAUUACAAAUAGAUGAAUAUGGUGAUACAAAUUUAAGUGAUGCCUUAACUUCUAAUGAAAUUACUACUUGUUUGAAUUAUAAUUACCUUUUAGUUACUAAUAAUGAAGGAGGAAACACAAGUAAUUUGCAGUAUCAUAAUGUUAAAUCUCGAGCUGAUGCAUCUGAUACAUCUGAAGAUGAAUUAAUGACCUUUUCAGGUUAUCGAUCAUAUGAAGGUAUCAGGUCUUAUAGCAAACCUACAGAUGAUCAACAGUUAAACUCUGUAGCAUCACUUAUACUAUUUGCAAAAAUCGAGGAAGAUCUAGAAGAAUUUUAUAAUUAUUCUGGAGAAUUUUAUAUUAUAUAUAAAUUAGAAGAAGAUAAUUCGAAUACUGAUAAAGUUUAA